AAUUUUGUCAAGGCAACCUCUGUGCUGAUAAUACACUAUACACUAUAUUGCAAAAAGGAUUGGGCUAGCUCUCCAAAUCAUUUGAUUCAGGUGUUCCAAUCACCUCCAUGGCCACAGGUGUAUACAAUCAAGCACCUAGGCAUGCAGACUGCUUCUACAAACAUUUGCGAAAAAAUGGGUCGCUCUCAGGUGCUAAGUGAUUUCAAGCGAGGUACCCUGAUAGGUUGCCAUCUGUGCAAUAAGUCCAUCUGUGAAAUUUCCUAGCUACUACUAAAUAUUCCACGGUCAGCUGUUAGUGGUAUUAUAACAAAGUGGUAGCAACUGGGAACAACAGUAACUCAGCCACAAAGUGGUAGGCCACGUAAAAAAUAGAGUGGGGUCAACACAUACUGAAGCACACAGUGUGCAGAAGUCGCCAACUGUAUGCA